UACUUAAAUUCAAAGCUUUUUCGUGGAAGACAUGAUCCGGGUCUGCCGCACCUUUCAUCGCUGCCCCCCUUUUCUCAUACUAUUCUCAGUCUCUCUCUAAAAAGCAUCCUUCAUCAUCUCUGAGGAAAUAACAAAUUAAUCCAUGGAAAUGGAGGAACAGUAUGGAAUGGCGGAUCUGAGGCAGUUCAUGAACGGGAGGCCCCAUUUUCCGGUAACCCUACAAGCGGGAGACCACCUCUUCUCCGGUGAACGGAAUCUGACACAAGCAGCAGCAGCAGCCACCCAGCAGCACUACGAGAUGGUGAGGGUGGCAGCCGCUGCUGGUCAGGUUAGUGAUCACAUGGUAUCUCUUGGGCUUCAUCAUGAUCAGUUUGGUUCAUCAUGUGAUUAUAAUAAUCCUACUCCUACAACUACAACUACUACUACUAGUAGUCUUACGGCUACGUGCACUGCAAGUUUGAAUGGGUUAGAGAUGGAAUGUGGUGGUAAUGGAAGGUGGCCGAGGCAAGAGACUCUCACUCUUCUUGAGAUCAGAUCCAGACUUGAUCCCAAGUUCAAGGAGGCUAAUCAUCAGAAGGGUCCUCUCUGGGAUGAAAUCUCUAGGAUGAUGUCCGAGGAACAUGGGUAUCAGAGGAGUGGGAAGAAAUGCAGAGAGAAGUUUGAGAACUUAUACAAGUAUUACAAGAAGACUAAGGAAGGGAAGGUUGGGAGACAAGAUGGUAAGCACUACAGAUUCUUCCGGCAGCUCGAAGCGCUCUACGGCAAAACCAGCAAUCCAGCAGCCUCAGAAACCACCCAUCUUGCUGGAAACAGUUUUCAAUUUCAUAAUGGAAGCAACAACAAUUCUACACAAUGUAAUAAUCAAGAAGCCUAUCAAGCUCCAAAGCUCUCAACUGAAAGCCUCAGCCUCUGUAGCUCUUCUGAUUUCGACUCUUCUUCCUCUGAUGAUGACAAUGAUUCGGCGGGGAAGAGGAAGAAGAGAAAUCAAGUAAGAAGGAGCUGGAAGGCGAAGAUAAAGGAUUUCAUCGACGGGCAGAUGAGGAAGCUGUUGGAGAAACAAGAGGCAUGGUUGGAGAAACUAACGGAGACGCUUGAACACAGUGAACAAGAGAGGAUGUCAAGAGAGGAGGAAUGGAGGAAACAAGAGGCAGCUAGGGUUGAAAGAGAGUAUAAGUUUUGGGCUAAUGAGCGAGCGUGGAUCGAAGCUCGUGACACAGCUUUAAUGGAGGCCUUACAAAAAAUCACGGGGAAGGAAGUGAAGGCAAUUUCAUCUCUAGAGGAGCUUCGAAGUCUUGGCGAAAACCAGAAAGAGAUUGGGAGUGAAACAAGUAGUUUGAUCAAUUUGAAAGGUGAGAGCUGGCCGGAAUGUGAAGUCACAAGGCUAAUACAAUUGAGAACCAGUAUGGAAUCAAGGUUUCGGAAUUGUGGGUGUGACGAAGAGGUCCUGUGGGAGGAAAUAGCAGGGAAGAUGGGUUGUUUGGGAUAUGAUCAUAGGAAUGCAUUGAUGUGCAAAGACAAGUGGAAUAGUAUCAACAACUAUCUAUGCAAAACGAAGGAAAGCAAUAAGAAACGGAAAGAGGAUUCAAGAAGCUGUUUCAACUUUCAGAACAAUGAACCAGUAGACAAUAUUCAAGGAGGUGGCUACUCGGAGAUUGCGAGACUUGCAGCGAAUGCCGGUGGUUUGUCUCCGAAUUCGAGUGGCAGCAAUGGCAUGCAUGAUAAUAGCUGCUUUAGGUUCUUGAUGGGUGAUGGUGGGAACUUAUGGGAGAAUUAUGGUGUGAAGCUCAGUAAGGGUGAGAAUUAACCAACCACACUAAGUUAAUUUGUUCAGUAGUUCUGAUGAUCAGGAGUUGGAAAGGAGAGGUGAUUGACUUAAUUUGUUGGGAGUUAAGAGAUUUGACAGUGCUAGCUUCUGGUAAUAAGAAAUGGGACUAGUGUGUUUGUUUAUGCAAGUAGCUAAUUAACUGAAGAUUUAUAUGAGCAUAUUGAUGUUUGGUGAAUAAUUCCUAGGAGGUGGUCAAUUAAGAUUAAAUGAAAUGGGUGUUUGUUGCUGUGUUUAAUGGGAAAUGGUGGCAGUAGUAUUCAUUGCUCUUCAAUGCGAUUUUCAUCCCAUUAAUUCGUUAAUGAAUAUCCUAUUUU